AAGUCCAAACCAUCAUUUCCACUGUCCCCCAUGAAAACCCAUUUCAUGAGGCUCCCUCCUCCUCUCCUCCUCUUCAUCCUCGUCGCCGCGGCAAUCCCAACUCUGUCAUCAGCCGCCUGCCACCCGGAUGAUGAAGCUGGCCUCUUGGGCUUCAAGUCUGGUAUAACCCGAGACCCAUCUGGCCUGCUUAAGUCAUGGAGGCCAGGUACGGAUUGCUGCACUUGGGACGGCAUUACUUGUUUCAACAACAGGGUUUCGACCAUUUGGCUUCAAGCUAACCAGCCCAACAUCUCCUUAUCCGGCACAAUCUCGCCGGCCCUCUCAAAAGUCCGAAAUCUCGGCGGUAUUUAUCUCAUAAAUCUCAGAAAUAUCUCAGGUGGAUUCCCAGAUCUUUUAUUCGGACUGCGCAAUCUCAAGUAUGUUUACAUUGAGAACAAUAAGCUCUCGGGUCGGUUACCACAAACCAUCGGUAAGCUCAAGCAACUCGAGGCACUGAGUUUCACUGGAAACCGCUUCACCGGACUGAUUCCUAGUUCGAUCUCUGCACUGACUGGUUUGACUCAGCUCAAACUCGGUCAGAAUUUUCUGACCGGCACAGUGCCGGUUGGAAUUGGGCAACUUAAGAACCUGACGUUCCUGGAUUUGAGUCAGAACCGGCUAUCGGGUACCAUACCGGAAAUUUUCAGAUCACUAACCAAUCUCAUAAUUCUCAGACUUUCUCGUAAUAAUUUCUCCGGCCAAAUUCCAGCCUCGAUAUCUUUCCUAUCGUCCAAACUGCAGUACCUUGAGUUGGGCCAUAAUGCUCUGAGCAGAGAAAUCCCAGGUUUCCUGGGGAAGUUCAAGGCAUUAGACACUUUAGAUCUUUCCUGGAAUCAAUUUGCCGGAACUGUACCGAAGAGUUUCGGAAACCUGACCAAAAUUUUCAACCUCGAUCUCUCCCACAAUUUCCUCACCGACCCAUUUCCCGAAAUGAACGUCAAAGGCAUAGAAUCACUAGAUUUAUCGCACAAUGGAUUCCAUCUCAAGGAAAUUCCCAAAUGGGUCACUUCAUCUCCAAUCAUUUACUCCCUCAAGCUAGCAAGAUGUGGGCUUCAAUUCAACUUGGAUGACUGGAAGCCGGCGGAAACUUACUUCUACGACUACAUCGAUCUAUCCGGUAACCAAAUCUCCGGUAGUCCGGUGAGCUUGCUGAAUCGAACGGAUUACUUGGUGGGGUUUUGGGCAGCGAGUAAUAAGUUGCAGUUCAAUUUGGUGAGGUUGAGAAUUGUGAAGACUUUGAAAGAUCUGAAUUUGUCGCACAAUUUGAUUACUGGAAAGGUGCCGAAGGGGAUUGCUGGGUUGGAAAAACUGAACGUGAGCUAUAAUCAUUUGUGUGGGCAGCUUCCGGCCAGCAAAUUUCCGGCGAGUGCAUUCGCCGGAAACGACUGCCUCUGUGGCUCUCCGUUGCCACCCUGCAAAAUGUAAUGGAAAACAAUAUGUACCUAGUUGUUUCUGCUUGCUUUCAAUUGUAAUUUUUCCUCCUGUAAUCCGUGUAAGAUGAAUGACAAGGGAAAGGUAGGGGAUAGCAGACAAGAUUUAAAGACAAGAGGCAGUAGCUAUCCUGGUUUGCAUUGACCUUCUAGGUAUUUACAGCAAUACAAGUGGCCAGUGGACUACUUUUGUUGCCAUGAUAGAUUGGACUAGUUAUUGAGUUCUAGAUUUCUUCCCAGCAAGCUUUUGGUAAUGUUUGCUGUAUUGGUUUGUCUGUUUUUCCAGGGUGGAAGUGAAAUCCCUUGAACCCUAGGAUUGGAAACUUCUAAAUUGCUAAUCAAUUGACAUGACAGUG